AUGUUGCUGCUUCCGUACAGGUAUGGAGCCUCUUGUCCGAAGCUAGAUCACUUUGUACCAAGUGGUAAUAUGAAGAUUCUCCUGGUCUUUCUAGGCCUGCUCGGUUAUUCUAUUGCUAUGCCAAUGCAAAUGCCCCGAAUGCGGGGAUUUAGCAGUAAAAGUGAGGAGAUGAUGAGGUUCAAUCAAUUCUUUAUGAGCUCUCCUCAUAUGUCACACCUGGGUCCCAUGUAUGGAAGUGGAAUGCCUCCGCUCUUUCCACAGUAUCAUAUGCCAAUGUGGCCUCAACCACCACCUCAUAUGGGGCUUCCACCAAAAUCACCAACUCCUCCAUCACCCAAGACUGAUCAAACUCAAGAGACUCCUAAACCCACCCAGUCUCCACCCACCAAAACAUCAAAGCCGCCUGCACAGCAGUCACAAACGACUCCUUCUAAGCCCCAAGAGGAACUGCCACAACAUCAGGCGUACCCGCCAUUUGGGUAUCCCUUCCCACCACCAUGGCCAAUUCCACAUAGGAUGCCACCAGGCUUUGGACGUCCCCCAAGUAGCAAUGAAGAGGGUGGGAAUCCUUACUUUGGAUUUUUUGGAUUUCAUGGAUUUGGGGGUCGUCCUUAUUAUUCAGAAGAGAUGUUUGAAGAUUAUGAAAAACCCAAAGAAAAAGAUCCUCCUAAAGCAGAGAGUCCAGCCGCAGAACCCACCUCUAAUUCAACUGUUCCUGAGUCUAAUUCUACCCAACCAAAUGCAGCCAGUCCCAGAAAUGACACCAUCACAACUGGAAACCCUGCAAACAACCCUCAAAAUGGGAUCAUCCCAUCCCCUACAGUUAAUAUUUCAGGCCAGGGAGUAUCAAGAAAUCAAAUCCCAUUGGGACCACGUCACAAUUUUUAUGAAAAUUAUCCAAAUCCUAAUGUCAGAAAUUUUCCAGCAGAAAGACAAUGGCGUCCCACUGGUACUGUCACAUGGCAAAGACAGAAUGUGCCUUUUUACCGAAAUCAACUAUAUCAAAGAGGUCCACGGUGGAAUUCCUUUACUCUUGAAAACAAACAGGGUAUUCGUCCUGGAAUUCCAUUUUAUCGCAAAGCUUAUGCUUCCACUGCAAGAGGCAAUUCUCCCAAUCAAGCAGGAAAUCCAGCAAAUUUCAAAAGAAAGCCUCAAAAUCCAAAUAAACAACCUCUGGGAGCCAAUGGUGCCCAAAAUGUUCCUCUGGGUCCUAAAAAUGAUAUUGCUGGUCACAAUGAAAAAACUCAGAAUCCAAAAGAGAAACCAGUGGGUCAAAAAGAAAGAAUAGUAACCCCUACCAGGGAUCCAAAUGGUCCCUGGAGAAAUUCUCAAGAUCUUGGAGCUAAUAAAUCAAACUAUAAACCCCCUAAUCCUCACCCUACGGGCAACAGAUUAAUCCCAAAUUUUAAUUCUGUUGGUCAGCGUGAAAAUUCUUAUUACCCAAGAGGAGAUACCAGAAGAGCUCCAAAUUCUGAUGGACAAACCCAAAGCCAGAAUUUGCCCAAAGGGAUUGCUUUAGAGCCAAAAAGGAUCCCAUAUGAACCAGAAACUAAUGGCCCAGAAAUAAAGGCCAAUACAUAUCAGCCUCCAUAUCCUGCAGAAAUCCCUUCUUCAGCAAGAGAACAUUUUCCUGCUGGAAGAAACAGCUGGAAUCAUCAAGAAAUCUCUCCAUCUUUUAAGGGAGAGCUUGGGAGGCAGGAAGAACGCUUACCCCUUCCCUCUCAUGGCGCCAGAGGAACUAUUUACUAUCCUGACUAUAACCCCUAUGACCCCAGGGAAAACUCACCAUACCAGAGAAACAAUAUAUGGAAUGAGGGUUAUAGUCCUCCCAAUACUAUGGGACAACCUGAAAGUCCACUGUUCCCCAUGAAUACCCCAGAUCCCAAAGAGACAGCUCCUUACAAUGAAGAGGACCCAACUGAUGGGGAUGAAACCUUCACAGGACAAAGUCGAUGGGGCAUGGAAGACACAAGGUUUAAAGGAGGCCCAUCCGUUAAGCAAUACGAAGGUGAGCAGUAUACCUCAAAUCAACCAAAAGAGUACCUUCCUUAUUCCUUUGAUAAUCCUUUAAAACCCAGAGAAGAUUUUCCUUAUGAAUUUUAUCCCUGGAACCCAGAGGAGAAUUUUCCAUCAUAUACUACAGUUCCUUCUGCCCUACCACCUGUGGAAAAGAGAGGCUAUUAUACUAAUAAUGCUAUUGGACAAGAAGAAAACAGUCUGUUUCCUUCUUGGAGCUCCUGGGACCACAAAACUCAAGGCCAAGGAGAGAAAGAAAGAGGUUCAUAUUUUAAUGGAAAUUUCUGGGAUCAAUCAACAAACUUACACAAAUCCCCAACUAGCCCACCACACCAGAAAGAGAACCAGCCCUAUUCCGGUAACUCCCCAGCUGGACUUCAGAAAAAUCCACUAUGGCAAGAAGGCGAGAAUGUGAAUUAUGGCAUGCAGAUUACUAGGUUAAAUUCACCAGAGGGUGAUCAUCCAUCUUUCCCAAGCUUAAUUUCUCAAAGUCACCCCACAGGUCAAAAUGAACCACACGCAUUUCACCCAAACCAUAGAGGUUCUUGCUGUGUGGGUGGUUCCAUGGGACAAAAGGACAAUCCACUUGCUCUUCAAGACUAUACUCCAUCUUUUGAUGUUGUACCAGGGGAGAACCAAGAUAUUAGCCUUCUGUACUCAGAAGAUAGCCAUACUAAACAUCCAAGACAUACCAUUUCUCCCACUGGCAUCAUACCGAGCCAAAGAAAUAGUUCCGAAAAUGGACUUCUUGGAGAAAGUGAACACCUGAGUCACUUUGGAGAUGAUGUGUCCACUAUGAGGAGGGAUACACCGUGUUCCCUAAAAAAUCAGCUAGGCCCUGAAGGAGGUGUGCCCUCUCCUGAAGUCAGUUCCCUUCAAUCAAAGAACACACCCUGUUUCAAAAAUGAUGUUGGAGGAGAUGAGAAUAAUGUUUUGGAACAAGUAUUUGAAGACAAAGAGUUCAGUGAAAAAAAUGUUGACCUGACUCCUGAACAGCUUGUUAUCAAUACAGUUGAUGAAGGUCCCAAACCAGAAGGCAUCCUGAGUGAAGUGCCAGGAAAUGAGGACGAAAGACAAAAACAAAGACCAUCUAGUAUCCUACCGCUACCAUGCUUUGGCUCCAUAUUACCAAAGUAUCACUCCUCCAGCACUGGACGUCCAUCUAGCAUUGGAAACCAAGGCCCGUUUGAUGAGAAUCCAAAUAUGCCUGCUGAAAUUCCUAAUUCACUGGAUGGGCUAGCUAUUGGGACACAGUUUCAGAAUAUAAAUGUAGAUCCACUUAACACAGGUGAACAUAUUCCAUUUGAUGCCCUUCAAACCGGCACCAACCUACAGGAUCAGGUACAAGACUGCUUACUACUUCAGGCUUAG